GCCUCGUUUUGUUCACCUUUUUCGACAUGCUUUGGAAGAUACGUUGGAAGAGAAAUCGCACGUAGGAGUUAAAGUUGACGGUAAUCUGUGUGAUGUCGAUAAUGACGACGACCCAACCUUUUUGCAGCAACUGUUGAUUGUCCCCUGA